AUGGGUCUGGGAACCGAGCGCAGACUGCUCGACAACAACGACGGUGGCUUGAGUGACGAUCCUUACUUGAGCGACAGCGACGAUCCCGAAGCAUCCGCUAUCCUCUUUGACGCCGACCACGACCACGACGACACCGUGGCGCCGCUUAUGCUAAGGCGCCUCGUCCCGCGCGGAGGACAAGGAGGAGGCGGCCCAAGUCGAGAUGAUGGCGGCGACAACAGCGGAGGACACGGUCAGAGUGCCUCGUUCCUGCCCAGGCCCGACCCUGCCAUACCCGUAUAUAUCACGAUUCACCGAAUUCGCCGGCUCGUCAUUGCCGCCGUCAAUGACAACUACACGCUCGAGGAGCUGAGGGCUCCACGGCUGGACAGACUGGUUGUGAGGCCACUGGUGGACAGGCUGUACAAUCCCAAUGAUCCCGCCAUCGUGUACUCCCUCCUUGCGAACCGUGUCCAAUUCCUGCGUCCCCGCGCCCACGAGCUUCUUCAACAAACCGUCAACGAAUCCCGCGCCACCCUCUGCGAACUCUUAGCAAUCCGCAUCCUCCGCCGCUUCCACGAAGAUCACACCGGUCGAUCUGGCCUGUUGUUGCUGGCCCACAUUCUCGUGUCCGGCUUUGACCCCUGCGACGCAGCCCCUGAAGCCAUCCGCGCACGCCGUCCACAAUGGGCUGUUCAGGAACGAGGCGGCCACGAACGAAAGUUGACAGGUCUCGAGCUGGCCAUCAUCUCCGAGUCCAAGCUGUUCAUAGGCUCCCCUGCCUGUCAGCGCGUCGUCGAUGCCGUCUACCGUGGCAUAGUCGUGUACACCCCCCUCUCGUUUGUCGACAUCUUGCCCGAUCACUACAAGCACCAUCCAGUCUCCUUGUACGAACCCCGUCGUGCGGCCAUUCUCAACCACCAUCGCCUGAUCGUUCCCCGGAUCCGAAACGGCAUCGAGCUCCUGCACUUUAUCGUCCUGCUUGUCCUUUACAUGCUGACGGUGACACACUAUGGGUUUGGGAAGCAUCUGGCCGGCCUCCAUGUCAACACGUACGAAACGUUCUUCAACGUGUUUGCCGCGGGGUGGGUGUUGGAGCAGUUUGCUGCCAUUGUGGAACAUGGAUGGGAAGUGCACGCGCAGAACCUGUGGUCUUUCCUCGACAUCACCUUUGUGUUCAUCUAUGGGGCGUACGGGCUGGUCAGGACGGUGGAGCUGUUGAUUAGUAGCGAUGCGUUCUACGCCAUGCCUGUGCUUUGCACGGCUGCACCUGUGUUGCUGACGAGGAUUGCGUUUACGCUGAUGCCGGACAACAUUGUGUUUAUUGCAUUGCAUGCCAUGAUGAGAGACUUUACGCGGCUGACGUUUAUCGCCAUUUGGUGUUUUGCCGGUUUUGUGAUGGGCCUUUUGCUGCUGGCAAGGACGACGGGGGAUGAAAAGCUGGAGGGAAGUGUGACAUGGGCCACCAUCACAAAGUGGCUCUUGUGGAUUUGGUUCGGUCUUGAUGGUACCGGCAUCGAGCGCGCCUCUGACUUCCACAUCAUUCUCGGUCCGACCCUCAUCAUCACCUUUGCCUUCCUGGGCAACACUCUCUUCCUCACCAUUCUCGUCGCCAUCCUGACCAACACCUUCUCCAAGAUCAUCUCCAACGAGGCGGCCGAGAUCCAGUUCCGCCGGGCUGUUCUUACCUUUCAAGGCGUCAAGUCGGAUGCCAUCUUUUCAUACCCCCCGCCGUUUAACCUCUUGGCUCUUCUCAUCAUGCUGCCGCUCAAGUGGUUUGUUGGACCCGUAGUUUUCCAUCACGUCAACGUUGCCGUGAUCAGAGCGGUCAAUGCACCUUUGCUGUUGCUGAUUGGACUCUGGGAGCGGCGCAGGAUAUGGGGUGGCAGAAGGGGCCGCAACAGCAGGUGGCGGAAGUGGAAGUAUUUUGCGGGUCUGAAUCCGCAUGGUGACAUUCAGAAUAUCUUCAGCGCGGAGCCACCACCGGAGGUCAUGGAUGCGCUGGAAAAGAUGGACGUAUUGAGCGAUAUUGUGGUUAUUGAUAGGGAACUGGCCAGUGCGCGAUCUCCCCGUCCAUCGAGUGCUAGUGGAAGCGGCAGUGGGACGCCACUGUCUUCGAUUAGUGUCAGGAGGAGGAAGAUGAGCGAUAGCAGCAGCCUAAGAAGGUUCGAGGGAGCCGACAGAUGA